CCUAGGGGAAGAGGUAGCUGCUUUCCGAAUGGAGGACGCGAGCGACCCGUUGACCCUAUUUCACGGACGCCCUCCUCUUGAUAUCACGGGCGAGCUGGUGGUAGCACGGGACGGGUUUUUCCCGUACAGAGUUAGGAGCCUGCGGGCGAUAGUUCCGGCGUUCGUAGUAGAGAGCGUCUUUGGAGGUAUUGGUGGAGUGGUCGAGACAUACCUGGCCUAUCAGGAUCUCAAGAUCCUGGCGAGAAGGUCUGCCGACCUAGACUACAUCUAUUAUUCGCUUGCGACCGGUGGGCCUCGUUGGGGAGACGAUAGGGUUCAGCUUAUAGAGCCGAUCCGCUCGAUAGACGACGAGUGGCCCCAGUCUUCGUGCGUUUGGGAUUGGCUAGACCGUGAGCUCCGAGCAGGCCCCGAGUACGUGACUUGCAUCGGGCGGCUCUUCUCAGACGACUGGGGGAGCUGGUGGAGUGAGGACGCCGGGCGACCUCUGAUAUACGGCCAUCAGUUGUUGGAAUACUACCAGGCCAUAGGACAGGCGCCAUACCGCGUCGAGGACGAGUUUGACGACGAGGGUUGGGAGCGAGAGGACGACGAGGAGCUGUGGGAACCAGACUGGGUCGACCCAGAGAGUGAGGUUGACGAGGAGGAGAUUGACCAAGGAGGGUCUAGAGGAGACCGGCGCAACGAUUCGUGUGGUCGGAAUGAGAGAGGGGGAUAUGGCGUCUCAUCAGAACCGUAUCCCAAGUCGCCUGACCCCAAGGCGGCCAGGAAUUCGAUCUCUACAGGCGCAGACGACAGGGCAUCUACUCCCAGGAACUCGUGCGUCUACUAUAGAGGAGAAGAUCAUAUCAAGAGCGAUUGCCCGGACCUCAAACGGGCAAUAGAUGAGGGACUUGUCGUGCUUGACGACCGCAAGUACGUCAAGUGGGCAGAUGAUCUGGGAGAUGUAUCGAUGUUCCCUUCGAUGAAGGAGAAUGUCGAAGCAAGGAGAAUAAAGACGAGUAAAGGAAUGGAGUCGGUCAGGAGCCAGAGCAUCAAGAUAAUCUUUGAGGGGGAUAUCGCGACCACACCCAUAAGGGUGGCAGCCACCAAGCCGACAAGAGGGUCUACAUCGAAGAAGACUGACACGGAUUACGUGAUGACGGAGAAGGACGGGCAGCGGGUCGAUGGAGAGGAGGUUAUCCUUUCGCCGCGAAAGAGAGGAGUGAAAAAAUUCUUAAUGAAGAGUUCGUUGGACGAGAUUGACACGGUUGAGCCACUGAGGCUGGCUCUUCGACAACCAAUGCAGUGCUCUAUUCUGGAGUACCUGGCGGCAUCGAAGCCGGCUUGUGAUGAAUUACAGAUGAUCACGCGGAAGACUCGCAUACCUCUAUCCGAGGAGGGUCAGGGGGCCCCUAAAGCGGAAGCUUCUACAGUAGCGGUAACGGGGGUGACUGCCAGAGCGGAUCGCAUGGUGACAGUCCUUCUCGAUGGGAUGGAAGGUGUGCCUCCAGACAAGUUUUAUAUACUUGGUAGCGGGGCCRUGGAGACGAUUAUAAACGAUGGAGCGAUACUCGAUGCUGUGAUUGAUAACGGCAGUGAGGCUGUUAUCAUAGACGAGGACCUGAUAGUACAAGUUGGACUGGGCCUCGAUAGGUCAUACCUAUUCGAGAUAGAGACGGCUGAUGGGAGAAAGCAACAGAUCACUGGGGUUUGUCACAAGGCAGCCAUAGAGGUCCAAGGGGUAAGAGUGACCCUGCCUGUCUUUGCAGUCAAGAACUGUAGCUCCGACCUGCUCUUGGGUCGAACGUGGCUGAGCCACGUGCAUGCGGUGACGAUAGAGCGAUGGUCAAACAUUGUCCAUUAGGAAGCCAGACGGGACACGGGUGAUGAUUGAGACAGUGGAGCCUCGAGACACGGGUGAUGGGAGCCAAACAUUG